AAGAAGAAAGUAAGUCAUAAACCUUACAAUUUGCAAUGUUUCAGCAGAGGUUCGCUAAAAUACUUUAGAAAUAAUUUGUAAAAUUAGUAAUAAUGUUUUAUAUCGUGGGUUUAGGUUUAGGAGACUGUAAAGAUAUAACUGUAAAAGGUUUAGAAGCAGUAAAGAAAUGUGAACGAGUAUAUUUAGAAGCAUACACCUCAAUAUUAACAUGUGGUAAAGAAGCACUAGAAAAAUUUUAUGGAAGAGAAUUAAUUGUAGCUGAUAGAGAUUUAGUUGAACAAGAUGCAGAUGAGAUUUUAAGAGAUGCAAACAAAACAGAUGUUGCUUUAUUGGUAGUAGGAGACCCUUUUGGUGCUACAACACAUACUGAUCUAGUGCUAAGAGCAGAAGAAAAAGAAAUACCAGUUCAAGUUAUACACAAUACUUCAAUUUUAAAUGCAGUUGGAUGUUGUGGUUUGCAACUGUAUAGUUUUGGCGAGACAGUAUCAAUUCCAUAUUGGACUGAAAACUGGCAACCAGAUAGUUUUUAUGAUAAAAUUGAAAAGAACUUUUUAAAUAAUUGGCACACAUUGUGUCUAUUAGACAUUAAGGUUAAAGAGCCUACAUUAGAGAGUCUAACAAAGAAGAAAAAAGAAUAUAUGCAACCAAGGUUUAUGUCUGUUAGUGAAGCUUCCCAACAAUUACUAGACAUUAUUAAAAAGAGACAAGAGGGACAUAAAAAUACGAAUAUUACAGAUUCCAGUUUAGGAGUAGGUUUGGCUCGUAUUGGAUCAGAAAAUCAGAAGAUUAUAGUUUGCAGUUUGAAAGAUAUAUCAAAUUUUGAUUUAGGUGGUCCUUUACAUUCCUUGAUUAUUCCUGCUCCAGUGCUGCAUCCUCUAGAGGAAGAAUUCUUAAAAAAAUUUAAGAUAUGAUUAAUGUAGAUCAAUUUAUAUAAAAAAUAAAUACCAUUUGAUAU